UUUCUUCUGUACUACUUUAUGGUCUUCUCCUGUGUCCGUCCAAGUUUCAGUGGAAGAUGCUACAGUUAUCUCCCACCUCAUGGCUCUGCUCAGUAGGUCUCGAUAUACACAAGAAUACAUAUGUCAGAUCUUCUCACACUGCUGCAAAGGUCCAGAUCAUCAGACAAUCUUAUUUAACCAUGGAGCCGUUCAGAAUAUCGCACAUCUGUUAGUCUCCACGUCCUACAAAGUUCGAAUGCAAGCAUUGAAAUGCUUCUCGGUUCUAGCCUUUGAAAACCCACAGGUAUCAAUGACUCUUGUAAAUGUGUCAGUUGAUGGAGAAUUGUUACCGCAAAUUUUUGUGAAGAUGUUACAAAGGGACAAGCCUAUUGAAAUGCAGCUCACAUCAGCCAAAUGCCUUACUUCCAUGUGCAGAGCUGGAGCAAUACGGACAGAUGAUUCUUGCAUCGUUCUUAAGACUCUGCCGUGUUUGGUUCGAAUGUGUAGUAAGGAAAGACUGCUGGAGGAGCGAGUAGAAGGAGCAGAAACACUGGCCUAUUUGAUUGAAACAGAUGUGGAGCUCCAGAGAAUUGCCAGCAUUACCGACCACCUCAUUGUCAUGCUUGCUGACUACUUCAAGUAUCCCAGCUCAGUGAGUGCAAUCACUGAUAUCAAGAGGCUUGACCAUGAUUUGAAGCACGCCCAUGAGCUGCGCCAGGCUGCUUUCAAGCUCUAUGCUUCCCUGGGAGCAAAUGAUGAAGAUAUCCGAAAAAAGAUCAUUGAGACUGAAAAUAUGAUGGACCGUAUUGUUAAUGGCUUGUCUGAAUCUAGUAUCAAGGUGCGAUUAGCUGCAGUCAGAUGUUUGCACAGUUUGUCCCGUUCUGUACAGCAGCUCAGGACAAGUUUUCAGGAUCAUGCUGUAUGGAAACCUUUAAUGAAGGUUUUACAGAAUGCUCCAAAUGAAAUCCUCGUAGUAGCAUCUUCCACGCUAUGCAAUCUUCUUCUGGAAUUCUCUCCAAGCAAGGAGCCUAUUUUAGAAUCAGGAGCCAUAGAACUCUUAUGUAGUUUAACACAGAGUGAAAAUCUUGCCUUGCGAGUGAACGGCAUUUGGGCUUUAAUGAAUGUGGCAUUUCAAGCAGAACAGAAGAUCAAAUCAGACAUCUUACGAGGUCUGAGUACAGAGCAGUUAUUCCAGUUGCUUUCUGAUUCCGAUGUAAAUGUUCUGAUGAAAACUUUGGGACUGCUCAGGAAUCUUCUAUCUACUCGCCCACACAUAGACCAUAUAAUGAGCACUCAUGGGAAGCAAAUCAUGCAAGCAGUGACCCUCAUUCUGGAAGGGGAGCACAAUAUAGAAGUCAAAGAGCAGACACUAUGUAUACUUGCCAACAUAGCAGAUGGGACGACAGCAAAAGAACUGAUUAUGACCAAUGAUGACAUCCUGCAGAAAAUCAAAUACUACAUGAGUCAUUCAAAUGCUAAACUUCAGCUUGCUGCCAUGUUCUGUAUAUCUAAUCUCAUAUGGAAUGAAGAAGAAGGUUCACAAGAACGCCAAGAUAAACUGCGAGACAUGGGAAUAGUAGAUAUUCUACAUAAAUUGAGUCAGUCAUCAGAUCCAAAUCUGUGUGACAAGGCGAAGACAGCACUCCAGCAGUAUCUUGCAUGAUCAAAGACUGACUGAAUCUAUGGACACCCCUCAUGUCUAUUUAAGGAAUAGCAGGAGAUAUUCCUGACUCCUUAUAUUUGCACAAGUCACCUUGGGCUGCAUUUUUCUCAGGUGCAGGGAGCUGCUUUGCAGAAACAGUUUAAAUGAUCAGGUCUCCAAUGCACUUGAGAAUUUUCUUGAGGUAGUUUCUUUACUCAGAGGACUCUUGGGGGGUUGUUUUGGUUUUUUGGUUGGUUUUUUUUUUCCUGAGCUACCUGGACUUUCGGAUAGAACAAUCAGUCAUCAUUUUCCUUUUGGGCCUACAAUUUUCUGCUUUUGCUGCAGCCUGCGUGUGUGGAUGUGUGUGGGUGUGCUCAAGUGUGUGCGUUUGCUUGGGUGAAUGUGUGUGGGUGUGAUACUUCAAUUUUGUUUUUCCUUUUUAUUUUGUGUGAAAAUCUUUUUCUACAGGUUUUCAAGGGUUAACCAUUGUUUGCUGUACGAAUACUUCAAUGAAUUAUAUACAGUUUGAAUGAAAUGUUAUUUAAAAAAAAAACCAAACUGUUGUAUCCCAUAAAGUUUAUUUUGAAUUUUGAACAGAUGAAUGUUUUUAAGUAAAAUAUAUGCAUUUCUGAACUUCA